UUUGGUAAGUUAGUCUUCAUUAAGCUUCAAUGAUAGUUGUAUGAAAAAUCUUGUCAUUUACUCCUAUUGCAUUCCAUGUUUCUCAAUGUUUAACUUUUUUUUAAGAACUCCUAAAUAAGAAACUCCCAUUGGAGCAUCAAAAUGUUGGUGUCUCUUAACUAAAUCUCUUAAAUGACAUUUAAUAGUUAAAAAUGAUUAAGAGACCCAUAGUGGGUUUUUGGGUUAAUGAUGCUCUCAUAUUGCUUAAUAACAAGAAAAUUGUAGCGCAAAUACUGACCAACAGAUCUUUUCAUGAUCAAAUGGGUUUAGAGAAAUGCACUUUUUGUUUUAUGUGUCACCGUGUUUAAUCCUCACGCCAAAACCUCACGGCCGUGAAGUUCUGAUACACGGUGAGAAUCAAUCAAUAUGAGCAAAGAGAAACAGAGAAAGUAGUUCUGUUGAGACUGAGCCUGGGAAGCAAAAAACAGAGCAAUGAGAAGCAUGAGACGAUGAGAGCUUAACAAACAAUGAACCUUAAUCUAUAAAGGAUGUAUCUUUCUUCGGACAGAACAUAGCGGCGGCUGUCGAAGUUUUGCUUGGAGACACAUCAAUAAGGGUUCUGGAAAGUUAACAUCUUUUUAUAUGAUAGUGCAAUCUCCUCGAUACUAGUGUAAAUGACAACAAUGCCCACACGAAACAGAGCUCACAAACCUCUGUUCUGCUACCACUUCCAAUGUUAGACAAAUGCAUAACCCUCUUGCAAAGCUACGGCCUUUCAUCGCUCAAGAAACUCAAACAAGUCCACGCCUUUUCAAUCCGCCAUGGCGUCUCAAUCACCGACCCCGAGAUGGGUAAACACCUCAUCUUCUACCUCGUCUCUCUCCCCUCUCCACCUCCCAUGUCCUACGCGCAUAAGAUCUUCUCCGAGAUAGAGAAACCAUUCAACGUCUUUAUCUGGAACACGUUGAUCAGAGGCUACGCGGAGACUGGCGACUCCGUCUCUGCUCUUUCUCUCUUCCGCGAGAUGCGAGCCUCUGGUUUGGUGGAGCCGGAUACUCACACUUACCCGUUUCUCCUCAAGGCCGUGGCGAAGAUGGCGGAUGUUCGGUUGGGGGAGACGAUUCAUUCGGUUGUGAUACGAAGUGGGUUUGGGUCGUUGAUAUUCGCUCAGAACUCUCUGCUUCAUUUGUAUGGUAACUGCGGUGAUGUGGUUAGUGCGUACAAGGUGUUCGAUGAAAUGCCUGUGAAGGAUCUUGUUGCUUGGAACUCUGUGAUUAAUGGGUUUGCGGAGAACGGUAAACCGAACGAAGCUUUGGGGCUUUAUAGUGAGAUGAUGGGUUCGAAGGGGAUUAAGCCUGAUGGGUUCACUAUUGUUGGCUUGUUGUCUGCUUGUGCUAAGAUCGGUGCUUUGGCGUUGGGUAAGAGAGUUCAUGUCUUUAUGAUCAAAGUGGGUUUGACAGGAAACUUGCAUUCAUGCAAUGUUCUCUUGGACUUCUAUGCAAGAUGUGGAAGAGUGGAAGAAGCCAAAACGCUUUUUAGUGAAAUGGUGGAAAAGAACAGUGUCUCCUGGACUUCGUUGAUCGUUGGUUUAGCUGUUAAUGGUUUCGGAAAAGAAGCCAUUGAGCUUUUCAAGGAGAUGGAGUCAAAGGAAGGGUUGUUACCGUGUGAGAUCACCUUCGUGGGGAUCUUAUACGCUUGUAGCCAUUGCGGGAUGGUGGAUGAAGGUUUUGAGUAUUUCAGGAGGAUGAGAGAGGAGUAUAAGAUUGAGCCUAGGAUCGAGCAUUUUGGUUGUAUGGUAGAUCUGUUAGCUAGAGCCGGAGAAGUGAAGAAAGCGUAUGAAUACAUUAAGGCAAUGCCAAUGCAGCCAAAUGUUGUUAUAUGGAGAACAUUGUUAGGAGCCUGCACUGUUCACGGUGAUUCUGAUUUAGCAGAGUUAGCUAGAACCAAGAUCUUACAGCUAGAACCAAACCACAGCGGAGACUAUGUCCUCUUAUCGAAUAUGUAUGCGUCCGAGCAGCGUUGGUCCGACGUGCAGAAGAUAAGAAGUAAAAUGCUAAAAGACGGUGUAAGAAAAGUGCCAGGUCACAGCUUAGUAGAAGUAGGAAACAGAGUUCAUGAGUUUCUUAUGGGUGAUAAGUCUCAUCCACAAAGCGAGCAGAUAUACGCCAAGCUUAAAGAGAUGAGUGAUAGACUGAGAGUAGAAGGCUACGUGCCGCAGAUAUCGAGCGUGUAUGUUGAUGUUGAGGAGGAAGAGAAGGAGAACGCUCUUGUUUAUCACAGUGAGAAGAUUGCUAUUGCUUUCAUGCUUAUUAGUACACCGGAGAGAUCACCGAUUAGGGUGGUCAAGAAUCUUAGAGUUUGUGCAGAUUGUCAUCUGGCGAUUAAACUAGUGUCUAAGGUUUAUGGUAGAGAGAUUGUUGUGAGAGACCGUAGCAGGUUUCACCAUAUUAAAGAUGGUUCUUGUUCUUGUCAAGAUUACUGGUAAUGUAGAAAAGAAAUAAUUGUUUUCUACACAAAUGUUGUUUAAUGUAGGGAUUAUAUUUGUACAAUCUCCUAUCAAUGAUGUCCUAAAGACUCCUAACUAAAGCAAUUGGUAGGCUUCAGCAUUUUUGUGACUAAAUUCAGUUUUUUUUUAUAUAUGAAUUCAAAAUAAGUUUGAAUCCAAUAAAUUUUGUACAGUUACAAAUUAUA